AUGGUCAACUCAUUCCACUCACUCUUGAGCACCAUUGCUCUUGCUCUGCUGGUCCCUUCGGUUCUCGCCGUCCCAGCUCACCGCGCAAAAUGCAGCAAGGGAAGGACAGCAAGCAAUGACGCGUGCUGUGUGUGGUUCGAUGUCCUCGAUGACAUCCAAGAGAACCUCUUUGACGGCGGAGAGUGCGGCGAAGAGGUCCACGAAUCCUUGAGGCUGACGUUCCACGACGCCAUCGGAUUCUCGCCUGCCCUGACUAGACAAGGCAAAUUCGGUGGCGGCGGCGCUGACGGAUCCAUCAUGCUCUUCUCAGACAUUGAGACUAAUUUCGCGGCCAACAAUGGUGUUGAUGACAUUGUCGAGCAGCAAAAGCCGAUCGCCAUCAAACACCAGGUCUCGUUCGGUGAUUUCAUCCAGUUCGCAGGCGCUGUUGGCUCGUCCAACUGCGCCGGAGGGCCACGUAUCCAGUUUUUGGCGGGUCGCUCUAAUGUCACGAAGCCGUCCCCCGACCACUUGGUGCCCGAGCCCUUUGAUUCUGUUACCAGUAUCCUUGCCCGCAUGGGAGAUGCUGGAUUUAAGCCUGAUGAAGUCGUUGCUUUGCUAGCCUCGCACUCCGUCGCAGCUCAGGAUACUAUCGACCCCAAGCUUGCUGGGCACCCCUUUGAUUCAACGCCAUCCGACUUUGAUUCGCAGUUCUUCGUUGAGACACUUUUGAAGGGAACUCUUAUUCCGGGUGACUCCCUCCACAAGGGUCAAGUCAAGUCACCCCUUCCCGGUGAAUUCAGGCUCCAGUCGGACGAACUUCUCGCAAGGGACUCGCGCACUUCCUGCGAAUGGCAAUCCUUCAUCUCCAACCCCAACUCGAUGGUACCUAAAUUCGAGAGGGCAAUGGCCAAGAUGGCGACCCUCGGACAGAACCCAAAGAAGCUGAUUGACUGCUCAGAAGUCAUCCCAGUUCCCCGUGGUCGCGUCAAGCAGCCUACCCUCCCCGCUGGCAAGACCAUCAAGGAUAUUGAAGCAUCCUGCCGCAAAGCGCCCUUCCCUCGGUUGCCAACUGACAAAGGCACAUUCACCAGCAUCCUCCCAGUUCCUAGUUCGUAA